ACACAUGCAUGCAUACAUUUUUUACAAAAUCAAUAGCUAAUGUUUUGACGCAUGCUUGCGUACAAACAUUGGUGUACAUUUUCGCAGUCUUCCUGAUAACACUCGCUGCCUCCUUUCUCUCUCUGCCUCUUUCUUUCCCCUUUUCUGUCUCGCAUACGCAUUUCUCUGACUCACUCAGCCCCUCCCUGUCUCUCCUUUCUGAUUCCACACCACACACAUAUGUUGUCAAAAUUGGUUUUUGCCUAUUACUUUUUGAAGUGUGUACCUCUUUUGUGAGUUCUUAGCAAGAAAACGGAAAUAUAUAUAUAUAUAUAUAUAUAUAUAUAUAUACAUUCAUACAGACAUAUACUUUUCUAUAAAAGCACACACAACACACACACACAAACAUACAUACAUACUAUAUAUAUAUGUAUAUAUAUAUAUAUGGUACAGGAGCAAUAUACAAAGAUGCUGACUUAAGAUGUGAAUAGCAAAGUGGGUAUCAAUAAUCCAGGUCACUUAUAAAACUGGACUGAUACCCUGAAUUAAUCAUGGGAACGUGUUACUCUAAGUCAGGUCAUGAUGCGGCUGAGAGUAACACGAGGAGUCCGCCAAUUCCUAAAGAUUCUGCUGGAGGGCGCCACCAACCAAAUGGAUCACUAUACGUGUAUAAACCUGUCAAAGAUCAGAGUGGGCAACCGGCCUCAGCGUCUCAGUCAAGUGCUGUAAGUGGACAAGAGAAAGGAGAGGAAGUCAAGAUUAAUACAAUUGACAGUGGUAUUGAAAGUCUAAUAUCUUCACAGUGCAACAAAGAGACAAAAGAGCUUGCUGAAAACAGUGAGUUACGGGAAGCAACAGACACAUUUGAACUCAUCGACAAUGGACCAUGUGCUUGUGGAGAGAACUGUGAAGUAAAUGGUCAUUGCAAGUUUGAAUACUUGACCAAACUACCUGAGAGUAAUGUUGAUUGGACAACAGCAUCAAGAUCUUCUGCUGCAAAACUACCACCACAGCCUAGGAGACCUUACGAAACUAGUGUUAUUCACCGUAAACCAAAAUGCAAAGGACGUAUUGAGAGAAAGUCCAGCAGGCUUUCCUGGAAGUCUACUGACAGUCUAGACUGGACACGAACUAUGGUCACCAGCAUGGAUCGUGCCACAAGUCAAGUUUCUGAUAUUUUUGUUGAUGAUGUCAGUCUUCAUGCUCCACUAGCACAUUUUGACUCUAUAGAGUUUUCUGGUGAAGAUAGAGAUGGAGAUUCAGUAAGCAUCUCAAAAUAUGGUCCAAAAUCUACGACUGCUGCCAAUGACAGUAACGUAGAUAUUUCUAGUACAAACUGUAGCAGUUCUGUGUUGCCAGGCAACCAGAGAUGCAUGAGUGUAUGUGAAAAGAACAUUGAAAAUAAGGACAGAUUCAGUGUUCAGUCUACAGACAAUAUCUUGUUAGCGACAAGAGAGAGCAAGCUUCAGGAUCUUGUGAAGAAACAGCUUUCUAACCAAUCACUUUUAGGAUCAAGGGAAGGUGACAGUUCAAGCACAGCUGGAUCACUUCUGUGUCUGCCUGCUAACUCUGAGGUGACAUCAUUUGUUGUUGAUGGCAAAGAGGUAGUGCUCAUUGAUGCUGAUACAUUCUCACAAGUUAUGGAUGAAAUUGCAUUGCUCAAAAUGAAACUGGGACAGUUGACGAGUGUCAUUCAGCACAUCCCAUUUCCUUCUAUGAAUAUUGAUGUCUUACGUAGGCGCAAGACGGAGUCAUUGAGCUAUUGCAACCGAGGUUGUGUUCACAGCGCCAUUUGGCCAUCUGGGACAAUGGAUACAAAUUAUUCAUAUGAAAGAGGCAGUUUGUCUGGAGUUCCAGCAUUGAUGAACAGUGACGACCAACUACUUACUGUGUCUCCUCCAAGUGAGCGUCUGUCCACUGCAAGCUUUGAUAUGGCCCCUUACUCACCAGAAAUGUCACACAUCAAAGAUUGCCCAACAGAGAUUCCAGAGCCAGCUCCACCAGAAACACCAGCGGGAGAAUUUUCUCCUACAACUAUCAGUAGCAACACAGUGACAGAAAGCACGACAGUGGCAGAUUCAUUACACGCUGCUUCCAGUUCAAGUCAGGAAACCAAAACGACCAACACAUGACCACUAUCAAGCUUUCUUCUCUUUAGUGACGAGUCAGUGAAGGGAAUACAAAGUCAGUUAUGACCAGCAGAAAACAUACAGCGUUAUCACAACAUAAUUGGUACUUCUCCCUGCAUUUCUCUGCAGGGGGUUUUCAUGUUCAUGUAAAAACUGCAGUUAAGUUUGUAUGAAUUUCAUCAAUUGUUCACGUCUUCCUUCUUGUACUGUAUUCUCUUAAAACACUCCUUCAAUGUUGUCCCCUGUAAUCUGCCUAAUGUAAUCAGUUAGCCCUUCCUCCCAACUCCUUGAUAAUUAAUUAAUCAAUUUAUUAACUUAACUUAACUACCUUUAUCUAUUGACUUCUUUCAAAUAUUUAUAUUCUUACUUUUCCUUCUCUCACAUAUGAUCCAGGAUUUUUGAGACUUACCAAAAUGUUUUUUUUUUUUUUUGACAUACUCAUUAGUAAAUAUAUAAAACCUCACACACAUACACACACACAUGUGCAUGCAUAGUGUGAAAACUUACGUUUAAAAUAAAACAAAAAAUGCAAAGAACCCGACCCAACUUGACAUCAGCAACAACAACAACAAAAUUAAAGAACAAGACAUUUGAAUGAAUGAAUAAAAUAGAUCUCAUCCACGUGUUGUUAGAAAUGCUAGAAAUUGUACAGUGUCUUCCUUUCUCAAAAUGAUAAAAAAAGAAAAAAGAAAAAAAAAAGGAAGGCCAACUUUACUGUGUUGUGUUAAUGGCUACAAUUUGUAGCCUGAUGAUACAAAUUGACUUGAAUAACUACUGUUUGUUUUUCAGUGGUGUUGUUUCUUUGUUAUUAUUGUUGUCGUUCUUUCUCUUCUUUUUUUUUUUUCUUGUAGUUGUUUGUUUCUUGUCCAUGAGUACAAAAAGUGCCAGCAGAUUACUAGCCAUAAGAAAAUUUUACAAAGCAUUUACAGCAUAUAUAGAUGUGUAUGUUUUGGCAGCCCUGGUAUAUAUACAUAUAUAUAUAUAUAUGACUGGACAAAUGUAAGAAAGAGGCACUCAUUGAAAACAGUUUGAUUCAUCCCCAUGCAACUGAAAAACAUGUAGGUUUCUUACUGGAACGUAGCUUAUUUGGCUUAGGUGGCCAAUGGACUAGGUUCUUGUGAGGAGCCAACGAAGAUUUGUGUUGCAUGGAACUGAAUCAAACUGCUUUAAGUAAUAAUUAUAAUAAUAAUAAUAAUGAUCAAAAGAAGAAAGGGAGUGAUGGAGAGGUUUGUUAAAAUAAGUCUUGUAUAUAUUACAGGUCUUUUUAUUUAAAGUUGUGAGUAACUAUCAGAUUCAUUGAUAAAAAAAAAUUAUCACCAGGCUAAGAAUUAAAUUAUUUAAUAAUGAAGCCAAAAGCACAAACAUUGCGAUAACGUGCAGGCCUAUUAUUAUUUUCUUUAUUUACUGUUUUACUGCUGUUUUCUUUUAAGCCUCCCCUUGUUAUUAUUUUCUACAAGUUAAAAAUUUACUGUAACAGAGAAAAAAAAUUUCAGUACUUAAAAAGACUUGUACAGGGAGAUAAUUCUUUUGAUAAGUUAUCGCCCCUGUUAUUCAUUGCGUGUAGUCAGAUUUUUCCAUAUUCAUGAAAUGCAAUUUCUUUAACAUUUUAAAACAAACUUCUUCAGUAAUACACACACACACACACACACACACACACACACACACACAUCUAAAUAUCAUCUGAAUAUCAUCUGAAUUGUCAAACUGAUUUUUGAAGAUUUCCUUAAUAUGGUUAAAAAAAAAAAUUGCAUUUCAAAUGCAUAGAAAACUAACAAUGUAAAUGAAAAUAAAAAAAGGAAAAUAAUUGUUUCUUUAUGGAUCAUGAGCACCUACAUAAAAGGUACAAAAGAGAUUGGUAUAAAACUUGUCUUUCCUGUGGGCAGUAAAGAAACAACAAAAAAAAACCAAUAGUAGUAAUAGUAAUAAUAUUAAUAUUAAUAAUAAUAAUAAUAAUAAUAAUAAUGGUUUCAAAUUUUGGCCCUUGGCCAGCACUUUUAAUGGGAGGGGGGUUAGUCAAUUACAACAGCCCUAGUACUUUACUGGUGUCUAUUUUGUAAAGCCCAAAAGGGUGAAAGGCACUGUUGACCUUGGCAGAAUUUGAACUCAGAACAUAGCAAGUCAGAAGAAAUAUGACUAGGCAAACCACUAGGCAUUUUGUAUGACAUGCGAAUGAUUCUGCCAGCUCACCACCAUAACAAGAAUACUAACAGUGAUAAUAAUAAUGCUACAGACCCUUGGUCUCAAAUUUUGGGGAAUAAACUAAUCAGUUCUGGUGACCUAGCUACUAUAUUUUAUUGCUUCCUUGAAGGGUUAAAGGAAAAGAUGAAUAUUAAAUAGGAUGAAAGAAAGCUACAUAGAAAACCUUCUUUGCUAUAUGAAAAUAAAAAACAAGGGGAGUAAAAUAAAAAUGUCAUCAGUAUCUCUCUGAGAAUUUUUAUUGUGUUUUUGGGUUUGUUUGUAUAUAAUUUCAUUUUUUUGUUUGAUAAUAAUUUUUAUUGGUGAUAGUUAAGUUUUGUUUUGAUAGUUAUAUAUAGCUUUAAACAAAGGCAUUGCUACAAUGUACAUAUUUUAUCAAACCCUGUGUUUUUCUCAAUCACACUCUGUGUGUGUGUGUGUGUGUGUGUGUGUGUGUGUGUGUGUGUGUGUGUGUGUAUGUAUGUAUAUAUGAGGGUAGCAAUCACAUCAAUAUAUGCUGUUAUUACAUUAAACAAAUUUUAUGUUUGUUAGCAACCUUCUUUCACUAUUUGUGAUUGUCUGAGUGUACAUGUGUGUUUGUAUGUAUGUAUGUAUGUAUGUGGGUAAUGGAAACAAAAAAACAAUAAGGAAAAAAUAAAGAGAGAGAAUGAAAACAUUAAUAACAAAGAAAUAACACCAUUGACAAAUGAUAUUUAUUCUAGUCAGUUUGAAUGUAUGUAUGUAUGUAUAGAUGUAUAUGUAUGUAUGUACGUAUGUGUUACUUUUCUCAAACAUGAAACUUUGGGUUAAGUGCUCUCAUUUCAAAAUACAACUCCUCAUGCCUACUUAUUAAGCAAAUUUGUAUUUUAUAUGUUUCUUCUUCACAUAUUGGUGGGUGUUAGGUGUUAAAGAUCCUUACUUUAAAACCUGUAUCAUCCUAGUGUAGAGUGAAAUAGGUAACACAUAAAUGUUUGACAUGUUUAGCAUUUGUUUCAGUCUGAUGGCACUAAGUGUUCAUGAAAGAAAAUUGAUUUUUAUUUUUUUAUAUAUUCCCCCCCCCCCCCUAUUGUUUAUUUAUAGAAUAAAAAUGUCUACAUGUUGUUAUGAAUAGGAGAGUUUGUGGAAUAUCUGAUAAAUCGUUUUGCUGUGAGGAUUGGAAAGACUAACAAUUUGGGUUUUGGUCCUUUCAUAUCUUCUACUACUCUUUCCUGAAGAACAAGAGUCUGAAACAUCUGACAAAAUACUAACAGCAGCUGAAUUUAUUUAAAAUUCAAUGAAUUCUCUUUUUUUGGUUUAUCGUUGCCAUCACAGAUCCAGACCACUCAGAUUCCAGGCUUUAUCCUACAUGUUGUAGUGGAAAAGGAUAAGGUUUUGCAACUACUUGUUUGUAGGUGGUUGUGACCUCAAAAAUCCACAGCAGGCAUUAUGUUGUGUUUCUGGAUAGAACACUUAUCUUAUAAUGCCCCAUUUCUCCUAGCAGCCAGGAAUAUGGCCCAGAAUUUGACCUCCAGUAGACUAAUGCCCUAACCAGGGGUUGAUUUGUGUGUCAUCUGAUUCAUGCUAUGAAACUAGUGAUAAUUUCCAACCCAUAAAAAACACCGUUUGGGUUUAGGAAACAUAUUUAUAAUCAAAAUCUGUCUGUUUUUAGUCUUCUUAAUUAUUUCUUAAUUAAUAAUUAACCAUAUUCUGUAGGUGACAGUAUUUUCUUCAAAUCAGUAUUUGUUACACACUUGUAUGUUAAUCAUUGAAAUUACAUCAUAUUUCUGUGUUGUUAUAACUACAUAUUGUCACAUUUGUUUGUCUUAUUUAUUCUGAUUUUAUCAUUAUUUAUUGAAAAAAAAAACCCCCAGAAAUUUUGUAUCCAAAAGUGUUGAUAUUGCAUUAUUGUUCUUGAAACACGUUUAAAAUAGUUGAGUAAUAAAGUUUGGCAGAAAAUUUUCAACUGAAGAGUUAGGCUGUUCUAUCUCCUCUUUAUUCAAAGUAAAACAUACAUCUCUGCACAAUGUUCUGUUUUCUUUUUUUUUUCCCCUUUUUUCUCUUGGAGUAAUUUAUCUUGAAGUAAAACAAUUGUAAAAUAACUUUCAACUUCAUUUCACCAAUUUGAAAAAAUAUAUAUAACAAAACCAAAAAAAAAUACAAAGAAAAAAAUGGAAUUAAUUUUUAGAGUAAAAGUGUUUUCUUGGUAAUAUUUAGCUAAAUUUUAUUUUUAUACUUCUUUCUAUUUAUCUAUUAAUUUAGUAUUUAGCUAUUAACUACAUAAUUACUUUGAAUUAUAUCUUGUUCUUUCUUCAUAUUUCCUUCAACAGAUAAAAAUAUAAUAAUAAUAAUAAUAAUAAUAAUAAUAAUAAUAAUAAUAAUGAUAAAGUAGAAAAACAACACAUGCAUACAUAUCAAAUUUUGAUUUGGUAAAUUUCAGUUAAAAAUAAAGGGUGGUUAGGAAUUCUUGAAAAUUGUUUCACAUCAAUGUGAAUGAUUUAAUUUAAUAUUUGUCACUCUCAGUUCUGGGUUCAAAUUCUGCCAACUUUGAAUUUACUUUUGAUAGCUACUUCUGUGAGGUCAACUAAAUACAUUCUGAUAGACUGAGUGAAAUAGUUGACUGUACAGUGCUUCUCUACAGAAAUAUUGGCCUUGUGCCUUAUCAAAAGUUAUUCAUUUCUAAAACAUAAAUGUCCAUGCUAUCAGCAGAAACACAUUAAUUAAUAAGAGUUAUUUUUAUUUUGAUUCAAAUAUUUCUGACAAAAUUACAGAAAAACUCUAAAAAUAAUUAUCUUAAUAUUUAUAAUUAUGGGGAUUAAAGCAAUAUAUUUUAGUCAUUUUAACUAUCCCAGACAACUUCUUAGGUUAUUUUUUCUUCUUUUCUAUAAAUUAUUCUGAAAAGUCUGUUUACCAAAAUGGAAAUUCUGCAUAAUUCUUUCUCUUUUUUAAAUCAUCAGUGAUCUUUGAGAAAAUGAAAAUGUUAUUCCUGGCAAUGAAAUAUUGCAGUUAGUUGGGGAUUUUAAUGGUUCUUCUUUACCCUUUCACAGACUUCUUUUUAUCUUUUAGCAAAGAAAUAUAUAUAACACUGGAAAUUAUUCAUCCGUAUUUCAUAAUUCUUUUUUUCAUGUACAUAUACACAGACACUCACUCACUCACUUACAUACUCACUCACUCACUCAAUCGUACACACACACACACACAUCUAACAUUGAUUAACAUAUUUACUGGAAUGUACAAUAUGUUGACUACACACACAUUCACAGAAAACAAAACAAAAUGAAAACUAAAAACAUUUUCAUUCAGAUUUGUGAGGAUUGAAAAUCAACAACACUAAAAAGAAUAUACAACCAAAUUUGUCUUUCAAUUGUUCCUUUAUACAAUUGGUUUUAGUUUUUGGAUUUUCUUCCUUUUUUUUUUUGUUUUUUUUUUUUGCCCCCCAUAGAAAAGACAUGCUUUCCAGAAUAUGAAAGAAUACCUGUUUUAACCUCCCAUGUUUUAGCUGUUUGGAAAGUUUAUCAUCAAAUACUUCUUGGAAGUGAAGUAUAAAAUAUUCUGUUCUGUUAUAUAUAUAUAUGUAGACAUAUCAAACAUUGGUGGAGUUAAAUAUGUUGUUAUGUCUUGUAAGUCAGUCACUGAAUUGGAAAGCUUUAUCUUUGACUUGAUGUUCGUUAACUUGACCUUAACCAAAUGUAUCAUGAUCUAGAACAGUCAUAUGCAACCUUGGCCUGCAUGUCUCUCUGAAUAGCAUGCCUAAAUGAAAAAUUACUACAAAUAUUGUAGUAGUGCAGUCUGCUUGAUGAUGAGCCUUGCAGCCAGCUUCUUCAAUAAAGGUUGCCCAUGCUUGAUCUAGAAGCAAUGGUUUCUUUUGUUUUUGUAGUGAUUAAUUUAUGCAGGAGGUGUAAGAAUUUUACCCUUGCUAUCCCCACUUUUUUUUAAAGGGUGGAAGGGGAGAAAAAUGUUGCUUUCUAUUUUAUUUCUUUUUCUUUUUUUUUCAACCAAGUGCUGAUUGUUGGCCCUUGUGGCCUUGCUUUCAAUGAUGACCACAUGCUGUGCAAGAUAACAAAACAUAACAAAAAAAAAACAAAAAAUAACAAAUAACAAGGCAAAUGAAAUAAAAGAUGUUUGGUAAAAUGCUGAUAUGAUGCUAUGUCAUUUUUUAAGAUGACUUUCUGCGACUUAAUAAAAUAAUUAAACAUAUAAUAUAAAAUAUUGUUUUAAGAUGUAAUAACUUUUAGAUCAGAUGUUUCUCUGCUUUGUGAUUAUAUAUAUGUAUAUAUAUAUUAUAUUUAAAUGACUAAAGCCAGAGGCAGCUCAAAGAACUGUAGGAUCUAAUUGGAAAAUAUUUUGCUGGCUCUUCUUUAGAGCACUAACCCAAUUGAGGUUCUUAGAUUGGAAAUCUAGGUUAAUAUGAAAGCUACCAAGAGGAUCCAUGCUAAAUUUUAUUCCUAUUUUGCAUAUGCAAAACUGUAUAGAAGUGAAGGAGAAAUCAUAUUGAAUGAUCCGUUGAAAGGUGCAUUUCAUAAAACCUAGUAAGUGUAGGCCUUUAUAGGCAUCGGUUAGUCCAAUCAUCCGAAAGCUGACCCUGACUGAACCCAUAUAGCGUUGUUGGGUAUAGGUCUACUUUAUAGUUUUAAAACAUAUACACAUUUGUUUAUGGAGCAGCUAUCUAUAAAUAAAAAUAAUAAUGAGGACUUACAAAUAUAAACAACAUACAGAAAAUUGCACUACUGGGCACAACACACAUCCUACGCAAAACACUUUCAAUACAGUAACCAUAAGAGCACCACAGCAAACCACAGCACAUACCCAAGGCGUACAGAGCUGCGCUCGGUAGUGAAGUGAAAGCACGUUAUAAAAAUGAAACUACUGAACAAUAAUAAUAAUAAUAAGUUUGGACACAAACUGAAAAUGUUUUCUUCCUAAAAGGCUGACAGUGAUAUCAUCUUAUCAGUUCUUGAUUUAUAAAAACAGUAUUUUCUGUAAAUACUUAUCUACAUAUAGCUCAAUCUAUUUUAAAAUAUCAAUAGAGGCAUCUGUAUAUAAAUUAAAAUAAAAAAAAUAAAAUAAAAGCAAACUCCAGCUAAAAUUAGAAUCUAGAUACAAGCUUUUUUUGGUGGCAGAUAUAUUUUUGCAAUGCUGUGUGUUUUGAGCUGUAGCAGCGGGCUUCAAGUGGCACAUUUUGUCCUGAAAUGAAGUUGUGUGUGAUCAAUGAUCUACAAAAGUAUUUUGUUCAAUUGAACACCGUAGUGACUUGUUGAUGUCUGAAAGCUCAUUGAUAAUAUACAACUGGGUUAUGAAGGAUAUUUGUUCAUAUAUAUGUAUGUAUGUAUAUAUGUAGGUAGGUAGAUAAAUACUGAUACAAAUAGUCUUAAGAUUAGACUCACAAAUACACAUAACAACACUUGGUGUGCAUCAAGCAUGAGACAUUAAUCCGCAGCUUGUCCAAAUACAGACACUCACACACGUGCUCACACAUACUACAAUAAGUCUUACACACACACACACACAUACUGUCAUGCAAAUGUACAAGUACACAUAUUUCUUCCAUGUAAAAUAUUGAUCUACAAAAUGAUAUAUUUCUGCUACAUUCUAAUCUUCAGCUUGUGUAUAUAAAGCGUCUGUCUAACUUGACUUCUAUGUAAACAACUCAUAUGGAAGUCAAACAAUUCCAUUCUGUGAGCCAUAAUCAUCGUCAUCAUCAUCUUCCUCACUACCACCACCACCACCACCACUACUACCAUCAUCAUCAUCAUCACUAUGGAUGUGGUCAGUUUACUCAGUCUGCUGAUGUGAAAUGCCAUUGAUUUUGAUGAAAGGCUAGAUUCUUCUAUAGAAAGCCAUUCCAUCUUCAUAUCAGUGUGCAGAGAUUAAAAAACAAAUAAAUAAAAACUGAUAUUUAUUGAAUGAUAUUGAUAAUGAUGAUGGUAAUUGAGGAAAUAUUUUCCAUCAAAUGAUUUUUUUUGUUGUUGUUUUUUUCUUUUUUAUUUUUUCUCUCUUGUUAUUUUGCAACACCAUAUAUUUAGACAAUAUUUUAACAUUUUACACAAAGAGAUUAUAACUUUGUAACAUAAUUUUUCGAAAAAAGAAAACAAAAAAAAAAAAACGAAAAUGAAACCUUGAUCUCACAACAACAACAACAACUACUACUACUAUUACUACUACUGCUACUGCUGCUGCUACUGCUGCUUCUUUUUCCAUAGAGCAGUGAGUGUUGUUUAGCAAGAGGUAAGCUCCUCCCUCGGCCAACCCAAGGCUGAGAUCUGAUACCAUCUGACUGUCAGAACAAAUUUUUCUCUUCACAUAUGUCACUAACACUAAUACUCUCAGAAAAAAAAAAAAAACAUGAACAUUACAAUUUUCCAGUUUUCUUUUCCCAAAGACCAAAAGAAAGAAAAAAUAGAAAAGUAAAAAAGAAAAGAAAAGUAAAAAAAAAAAAUUUUAAGCUUUGUGUCUAUGUCAGAAAGUAUAAUUAUUUCUUUGAGGUUAUUUAUAACUUAUUUAUUAAUAUUUUACAAGUUGAAAUCUGUGAUAAAUUCACUAAGUUCCUUUAGUCACACACUGGAGAACUGUAAGCUAAUAUAAUACUGUAUAAUAAUCCGAUAAAGUAUAGUGUAAUGUAUAACAAUCUAAUAUAUAAUAUAGAUAUUUGGUGAUGUUUUUUUAUUUUAUCUCAUUCAAAGUUUUUCUUAUAUUUCUCAAAUCCUCUCUAUUUCUUUCAAAAACAUAAAAACAAAGCAAAAAAUACAAAUAAUCAAGACAACAGCAUUGACCUUGUUCUGUUAGACUUGUUUUAUUAGUUUUAUCUAAUUAGAUUUAGGUACGGAGCAUAUGUAGUGGAAAAUUAAUAUAAACACUACGCAAAGGUGUGGCUGUAUGGUAAGAUGUUCGCUUCCCAACUACAUGGUUCCAGGUUCAGCCCCACUGUGUGACACCUUAGGCAAGUGUCUUCUACAACUAUAGCCUCAGGCCAGCCAAAGCUUUGUGAGUGGAUUUGGUAGAUGGAAAUUGAAAGAAGCCUGUCUUAUAUAUGUAUGUAUGUGUGUGUGUGUGUGUGUGUUUGUCCUGUAACUUAGUGGUUUGGAUAGAAUAUGUUCCAGGCUUUAAAAAAAAUAAAUACUGGGGUCAGUUUGCUUGACUAAAAUGCUUCAAGGCAGUACCCCUGCUUCGCCACAGUCUCAUGACAAACAAGUAAACGAUAAAUUAUAAAUGAUUAGUUCCUAUGUAUGUUUCACUGUUCGAGUUAUUUGGAACUUGGUAUCGGAUGUUCCAAGUGCAUUUUGAUGCCUAACCACAGUGGCUUAUCAGGGUAACACUUUAUAAGGCAUCCAGACCCACUUUGAACAUCCAGUGUUGAGAUCCAAAUAACUACAAGGGUUAAAAGUAUGUAGGAUCUCGUUAUUUAUAAUUGUGUUUAUCUUCGUUUUGUACUACAUGUGCUCUGUAUACCAUAAUUAAUAACAAUGCUAAAUACAGUGGUAUACUAACCAUUGUACUGGAAGCUGACUGGAUAUUGAUAAUCUUAUGUGUAGCUCUAACUCAUACAAAAGUAGUCAUUCAUCUAACUCAGUGGUUCCCAAACUAUGAGCCGCGACCCACUGAUGGGUCGCGAAUGGAAUCCUAGUGGGUCGCAAAAAGUUAUAAAAUUACGCAUUAGCUUUGAUUAACUGCUGUCUAUCGAGAUAGUUCAAGACUCAUGUUUUCAAUACCAGACUGGUUGUUUUAUCAAGCAGUAGGCUUUUUUCACGAACUUAACAAUUCAGAGGUGGUCAUUUUCUCAAGUUAUUUAUUCGUAUGUAAUCAUAAAAAGGAAAAGUCUGCUUUUACCUAUUUAUAGAGAACUUUAACUAGGCGCAGUACAACACUGAUCGAGCCGAUAACAGUUACUGCUUCGAGGUUUUGUAUUAGAGUUAAUACCUACCUAUAAGGUAUGGAGACGUUGAAACAGUUAUAAAACGUUUUGUUUCACAUUUAAUAUAAAUGAGGCCUUCUCACAGGCCUCAAUGAAAAUGUAAUCUGAAAUAAAUUUGUUUCUUUCAUUAAUGUUUUUACCCAAUAGAGUUAAGUGGGUCGCCAUAAACUGGUGUCAUAGAUAGUGGGUCGCAUCUCUAAAAAGUUUGGGAACCACUGAUCUAACUGUACAUACUAGAUUUAGACACAUUAAGGAAGUAGUUUAAAUAUGUUUUUGUUAUGUGGUUGUUUCUUAUUGAAAUCUUGGCAUUCAUAAAACUCUCAAUGUUUUAUAUUGUGUUAUAGUUGAAGGAUGGUAUAUCGCAGAAUUAGUAGAGAGCUGGACAAAAAUAUGCCUUACAGUUUUAGCUAGCAACAUCUAUUUAUUCGCUGAGUUCAACUUCUGCCAUGGUCAUUUGCCUUUCACCCUUCCAGAGGAGUGGAAGGAGGGUAUUAAAAUAAAGUGCCAAUUGGCCAUAUAUGUUCUCUCUCUCUCUCCCUCAAUGUAUGGCUUCUCGCCAAUGUUAUUAAUAUUUUGAUGUGUUGGUGUAUUCCUGUGUAUAAACGAUAAAAUCUACUAAAAAAAAAAGAUAAAAAGCAAAAAAUAAAAUAUCUGAUUUCUUGUUAUUUGUUGAUAGUUACCUCCCUUGCAAAGUAAAACUAAGAUCUCAAGAACGAAUAUUUUGUUUUCUCAUUUUAUUGCUACUGCAUUUGGCGUGUUUGAAACAUUGACUUAAUAUUAUGACUUUUGCUAUGGACACUGUAAUUGGCCUUAAUUUCUGCCAGUCAUAGUUACUACUUGGUUUUAUGAGCCACCAAAGGAGCCUCUUCUUGGUUUCUUAGUCUGCUAGAAAUAGCAGUCAAAUCUUUCUCAGAUCUAAUCAUUCCACCUACAUCAAGGAAAGGACACAGUGAAUAAUGUAGUCCUACAUGCACUGAAAACAAAGAUUGUUGGUCACAGCAGACACACUCUUGGUUAUAGUUUGGUCAAUUAAGUCUAACCUGACACUAAGCAACAAUAACUACAUGAUUUUAAUUCCAAUUUAGAAAUAUUACGUUGCUUUUGGAAAACAGACUUGAGCGUUAUAAAUUAUGUAUCUGUUCUAAUGACUAUGUAUUAUCAUUAUAUUUUUUUAAAAAAUUUCUAAAUAUGCUCUAUCAUUAUUACUUUAUUUCUUUACCAAACUUUCCAUCAUUUCUCCACUCAUUUAAACAACUAAGACUAGAAAUCUGGGAUUGUUGUUUGUGAACCCCAGAAACAAUUUUGAAAAUCUGAAUAAAUUAAUGUUAUCAAUGUUA